CCUCUGUAGCUUGAUGUUCGGUUUGAUCCUCCGUGGAAAUCCAGUUGCGGUCCGGAACUUCGGGCGUUAUCGAUCCUUUUCCAGAGGACUUUCAACGAACCGACACCGGUUCUUGGUUCUGUUCGGUUCUGUCAGGGUUAUUUUUCAUCAUCAUUGACCCAGAGCGGAGCACCCGGCGCACAGGGUCCAUGCCGGACCCGAACUUGGAGCCGAUCCGGGAUUCAGGUUCUGUGGAUGAUCCGGAACCAGCCUGUGGGACUGCAGGGCUCUGUGAGGAGGAUGAAACUCCUCCGCUCGCUGCCUCGCCUCUGUUGGAGUCUGCUUCUCCUGGGAGUCGGGUCGCUGCUGCUUCUGGUCGUCCUGCAACAUCUCACCGACUCCGUGCAGCAACAGAACCCAGGUUGGCUUUGCCGGGUCGGCUGGUCUGGGGUGUUCCUGUCCUGGAAGCUCCUUCAUGGCCAGAACGGAAGGUUCCGUCCUGGCAAACUGAAGACAUCCCAGCAGGACUUUCCCCCGGCUUCCCGCCUGUCCUCCAUCUUUGUUCUGACCCGUUGCUGGGCAAGAAGCAGCCCGUCACUAAGCGCCACAGGAAGCUGCUGCUGAAGAGCGCCCCCUUUGGAGGUUCUCCGGAGCAGCAGUCUCGGCGGCGCCAGCUGAACCACGUCUGCUCCGGGUACCAGCCGGUCCGCCGGAGGCGGCAGGUCAGGCUGCAGCAGGUGUCCCGGCUUUACGUGGAGGACCGGUUCCGGCUGCUGUACUGUGAGGUACCGAAAGCCGGCUGCUCCAACUGGAAAAGGGUCCUGAUGGUUCUGGCAGGCAGAGCCCGGUCCACUCAGGAUAUUUCUCACGAUGCAGCUCAUUACAGCAACCAGCUGCGGCGGCUGGACAGCUACGAUCGGGCCGGUAUCGCCGAGAGACUGCGAACCUACACCAAGGUUCUGUUCGUCAGGGAGCCCUUCGAGCGGCUCGUCGCGGCCUUCCGGGACAAGUUUGAAAGUCCGAACUCCUACUAUCAUCCCGUGUUCGGACGGGCCAUCAUUUCCAGGUACCGGGCCAACGCUACAAAGUCGGCUCUGAAUACUGGCGCCGGCGUCACGUUCAGGGAGUUCGUUCAGUACCUGCUGGACGCGCAGCGACCCGUUGGGAUGGACAUCCACUGGGAGCGGGUCGGCCAGCUCUGCAGCCCGUGUCUGAUCCCCUACGACUUCAUUGGGAAGGUCGAGAGCCUGCAGGAGGACGCCGACUUCCUGCUGCGCGGCAUCGGCGCUCCGCAAAACCUCACCUUCCCGGACUUCAAGGACAGGAACCCGCGGGCGAAUCGGACCUCGUCCAGAAUCAUGCAGGAUUAUUUCUCCCAGCUGAACCGCACGGAGAGGCAGAAGGUGUUUGAGUUUUAUUACAGGGACUACCUGAUGUUCAGCUACCCCAAACCGUUCCCUGACCUGCACUGACUUACACCUUAAAGGAACAGUAUCAUGUAAAAUUGACUUUUUUUUAAAGGUUUGCAUCAUGUUAUAAUGUUAUUUCCUCAUCAAAAUCAAACCUGGCAACCAUUCAGCUGUGCAAAACACCUGGGUGGACCUAGCCCCGCCUUCAAGGGCGAAGCUCCUCCUUAGAGCAGCAGUUUCUACACUGAAAGCUUCCAACUUU